AUGUCUCCCUUCCGUGUGGUUUUUGCAGUGAGAGGAGUAAAGAAGUAUUGGGACGGUGAGAAGGCGGUGAUCGUGGCCUUGAAUGGAAGCAGUGUGGAGCUCCCCUGUAUCAACCGGAACCACAUCUGGACGGAUCGGUUCGACGAGGAGGAUCAGCAAGUUGUGCACUGGGACCGGCAGCCGCCAGGCGUGCCUCACGACCGGGCCGAUCGCCUCAUUGACUUGUACGCCUCCGGAGAGAGGCGCUCCUAUGGCCCUCUCUUCAUCCGGCAGAAGAUGGAUAUCUCCGAAAGGGCCUUCAGGCAGGGCGACUUCUCCCUGAAGAUAUCCGGCUUGGAGGCCGCGGACAAGGGUACCUACUCCUGCCACCUCCACCACCACUACUGUGGCCUUCACGAGCGGCGUAUCUUCCAGGUGUCCGUCGCGGAGCCAGAACCG